AGUGCAUCUACCAAAAUGAAUGGCGCGAAAGCACGGACGGCGGCCCGCGCGAUCAACGAUUGGCAUCACUUCAGUCCCCUAUCGGCAAGCGAUGCGAAGCCUGCGAAAGCCCCGACAGAAAUGCGGUCGCUACUGCGCAAAACCCAAGCGAUGACUCGUUCGUUUCUCGCCCACUCGUUCUCUCUCAAACCGAAUUCAUCAUCUAUAAUUUCUCAUUCUUCUCGCCCUCUCCAAAUUCCAUUCUCCAAACUCUCCCAAGGUGUUUCUCGGCCAUAUUCGAGCUCUGCGUUUCGUUGGUUUUGCUCCAAGUCUCGCAUUGAAGCAGCAAGCAUGCAGAAUUGGGAGUCCAUUUCGUAUCUUACGCAGCGGGAAGCAGCUGAGGUCGAUGAGAUUCUCAUGGGUCCUCUCGGGUUCAGCGUCGACCAAUUGAUGGAGUUGGCUGGAUUAAGUGUAGCCACUUCAAUAGCUGAGGCUUACAAAGCCAGUGAGUGUAAGCGUGUUCUUGCUAUCUGUGGUCCUGGAAACAAUGGUGGAGAUGGUCUUGUAGCUGCUCGUCAUCUGUUUCACUUUGGAUACAAACCAUCUAUUUGUUAUCCAAAGCAGACUCCGAAGCCUCUUUAUGCUGGUUUGGUUACUCAGCUGGAAUCACUGUCAGUCCCAUUCAUAUCAGUGGAGGACUUGCCUUCGGAUUUAUCAAAAGAUUUUGACAUUAUAAUCGAUGCAAUUUUUGGGUUCUCCUUCCAUGGUGCUCCAAGGCCACCAUUCAAUGAUUUGAUCCAAAGGCUCGUGUCUCUAAACGAGUAUAAGGAAGCAGAUCAAAGAUUUCCAGUUAUUGUUUCUGUAGAUAUUCCAUCUGGAUGGCAUGUUGAAGAAGGGGAUAUUAGCAAUAGCAACUUUAAACCUGAUAUGUUGGUUUCUCUGACUGCCCCAAAGCUGGGCGCAAAGAAAUUCCAUGGUUCACAUCAUUUUUUAGGUGGCAGAUUUGUGCCUCCAUCUAUUGUGAGCAAAUAUAACCUUCAUCUUCCUCCGUAUCCUGGCACUGCGAUGUGCGUUCGAAUAGGAAAGCCUCCACAAGUUGAUAUAGCUGCACUUAGAGAAAACUAUAUUUCUCCAGAAUUUCUUGAAGAAAAUGUAGAGACAAAUCCUAUUCAUCAGUUCCGCAAAUGGUUUGAUGAAGCAGUCACUGCUAAUUUAAGGGAACCUAAUGCAAUGUCAUUGUCCACUGCUACAAGUGAUGGAAAACCAUCAUCUCGCAUGGUUUUGCUAAAAGGAGUUGAUGAAGAUGGUUUUGUCUGGUACACAAAUUAUGAAAGUCGGAAAGCACAUGAUUUAGCUGAAAAUGCCCGUGCUUCGCUUCUUUUCUACUGGGAAGGUCUUAAUAGACAGGUAAGAGUGGAAGGAUCUGUGCAGAAAGUUUCAGAAGAGGAAUCUGAGCAGUAUUUCCACAGUCGUCCUCGUGGGAGUCAGCUUGGUGCAAUAGCUAGCCCUCAGAGUUCUGUUGUUGCUGGUAGACAUGUUCUCAUCGAAAGAUACAAAGAAUUAGAGGACAGAUUCUCGAAUGGAAGUUUUAUUCCAAAACCAAAACACUGGGGAGGAUACAGGCUUAAACCAGAGCUUUUUGAGUUUUGGCAGGGGCAGCAAUCUCGGUUGCAUGACAGGUUGCAAUAUUCCCCUUGCGAGAUAGAUGGUAAACGGGUUUGGAAAGUAGAACGUUUGGCUCCCUGAUUGGCUCUCUCUCCAUGAUCUUGGAUGUGGAAUUUCAUCAUUCAUGUACCUUUUUAACAUAUCGUGCUUCCUUUUUUUCCCUUUCGUGUUAGCGUCGAGGUUGCUGUCUAAUAUUCAACUGUUGCGUGAUUUACUGAAUAAGUGCAAUAUUUACAGCUGCCGUUAUACUAUAUGCUCAUGGAAUUUCUUUACUGCUA